ACGGAUCUAGAAUUGGUUGAAGCAGGAACCGCUCCAUCUCGCCCCGCGCCAAACCAUUUGAUUUCAAAGCGGAGAGUUGAGUUGAUUCUGUUUUCUUCUUCACAAUCACAACAGUUUUAUUAUCGUAUAAUUAUUUCUGAUAAAAUCUUGAACAUCUUUUUCUCUCAUUCUAAGAAUUGGAGACUUUUCAAAAGUUUAGGGACUGCAAAUUCUCUGCUUCUCUACACAUGGAGCCGGUGUCGCGUGCUAAUUUCUUUUCAUUCCAAAGAUUUUGGCUACCGUUUCAGGGACAGGGAGGGAUGAGGCAGCAGGUUGAUCCCUCGGCUCACACAAUCAAGUCCCAUGGAGCAUCACUUGCAAGAAAACACGCUCGUGAUUGGCUUAUAUUGCUGCUUCUCAUAGUGAUAGAGAUUGUCCUUUUUGUCAUUCAUCCAUUUAAACGCUUUGUGGGAAGGGACAUGAUGGAGGACCUGAGAUAUCCUAUGAAAGAAAACACGGUGCCCGUAUGGGCUGUUCCUUUAUAUGCGGUUCUGUUGCCAAUGGCCGUUUUCCUUCUCUUCUAUAUGCGCAGGAGAGAUGUUUAUGAUUUGCACCACAGUGUUCUAGGUUUGUUAUUUGCUGUUCUGAUUACUGGGGUCUUCACCGAUGCAAUAAAAAAUGCAGUUGGCCGGCCUCGCCCAGACUUCUAUUGGCGUUGCUUCCCCGAUGGGGUAGAGAAUUAUGAUAGUUGGGGAGGUGUGGUAUGUCAUGGCAAUGCUAGCGAUAUAAAAGAAGGACACAAGAGUUUCCCAAGCGGCCAUACAUCAUGGUCCUUUGCAGGUCUAGGUUUUCUGUCUCUGUACCUAUCGGGGAAGAUUAAAGCUUUUGAUCGCAAAGGGCACGUGGCAAAAUUAUGCAUUGUGUUUCUUCCUCUACUUGUUGCUUGCCUAGUUGCAAUCUCUCGAGUGGAUGACUAUUGGCACCAUUGGCAAGAUGUGUUUGCCGGAGGCAUUCUAGGGCUUGUUGUGGCAACCUUUUGUUAUAUGCAGUUCUUCCCUGCGCCCUAUAAUGAUGAAGGAUGGGGUCCAUAUGCAUAUUUCCGGGCAAUGGAGGAAUCACGAGCGAAUGCAAAUAUUAAUCGGGAAUUACCAGUUGGGCAGGCCAUGGAGGAUCGGGUUACGAAUCAAGAACCAAGGAGAAAUGGUGAUACCACCUUUACCCCUUACUCUUACCGUAGCCCAACCUUGGAAGCCAUGGAAAUGGGACAGAAGUAAUAGUCUUCUAUAGCACUAAUCUUCUCCCUAGCUAGCUAGUUCCUUACUUUUGUGUAUACUUAUGAGCUUCUCUACACGGCAACCACUAGAUUUAGCUAAUUGUGCAGCUUCUGUUUCUUCAUGCAUUAUUGGCACUGCCACUGUAAAAAAUGAAAAAUGGCGGCUUCUUUCCGCUGAAUUAGAUUAUGUUAAUAGAUGGUACGUUAAUGGGAUCCCAUUUUGACCUUAUAA